CUCUCCAUGAAUGUUCUCAUACAAAUAGCAGUAUUUUCACUUCACGGGAACUCUCCAAAUAAAGCACAAAAAUGGCUUCACAUAGAACCAAUGAAUUUCCACCGUUGAUCUCAAUCAUGAUCGUGUUCAUCGUCCUAGAAUCAACGACCAUAAACGCUAGAGAAUUACGGCCGUCCGAUCACGGGCUCGAGUACUACUACGAACCAGGCGAGUCAGCAUCGGAGAUGACGUCAUUCUUCGGACCCCCUUCUUCAAAUGAGCUGACGUCGACAUCGAUAUCGUCAUCACCGUCUAGCUCGACAUUGCCUAGUGCGGUGAAAUCUCCAAUGACGACGUCACCAAAAGGCCGGGACGAUGAUGAUGAUGAUCACGUGAUGCGUCACGUGCUUGUUGUAGGGAGCUUGGUGUGUGGACUCUCCGGCGUGGCUUUGAUGGUCGCUUCUGCUCUCAUUUAUUUUCUUGGUUACCCCAAAUCACAAAAUUCUUCUGUUAAUUGUGAUCAGAUUCAAAACAAUAACAAAUAGAGAAGAAAAAAAAAAACAAGUAGAAUCUUUCUUUUAUUUUAUGAAUUGCAUUCAAGAAAAUAAAGAUAUUGUCUGCAUUAUUUGUUCAUUAUUAUAGAAAGCAAAUAUUAA